CUUCAAAAGGUCCAGGUGUAACCAAGUCAGUGAACACUGAGGCAAGAGCAGCUGACACAUCACAUUCACACAUUUAAUGGUGCUCCCUGCACCCAGGGUUUGGAUCAAGAACUUCCACACGAUCUCUUCAGGAGAUCAACCAUACACCUCAAAUUUCUGUCCCCUUGAAUAGCAAUCAUGAACUGGAAUUGGCUGGAGGAACUCAUCAGUGGGGUCAACAAUUACUCCACGGUGUUUGGUCGGGUUUGGCUCUCAGUGGUCUUCGUCUUUCGGGUGUUGGUGUUUGUGGUGGCGGCUCAGGGGGUGUGGAGUGACGAGAGCAAAGAUUUUGUAUGCAACACUCUUCAGCCGGGCUGCACCAACGUGUGCUACGACCACUUCUUCCCCAUCUCCCACAUCCGCCUGUGGGCCCUGCAACUCAUCUUCGUCACAUGCCCAUCACUGAUGGUUGUUGCCCAUGUCAAAUAUCGACAGAUGAAGGACUCAAAGUACACCACCACCCAUGAGGGUAAACACCUGUAUGCCCGCCCUGGGAAGAAACGUGGAGGGCUGUGGUGGACAUACCUGGUGAGCCUGAUUUUAAAGGCAAGCUUUGACGCUGGUUUUCUCUACAUCCUUUACCACAUCUACGAAGGGUACGACUUACCUCGUUUGUCCAAGUGUUCCCUGGAGCCUUGCCCAAACACGGUGGACUGUUACAUAUCCCGCCCCACAGAGAAGAAGAUCUUCACUCUCUUCAUGGUCGUGUCCUCUGCUGUCUGCAUCUUGAUGUGUAUCUGUGAGAUGGUUUACUUCAUCUGCAAGAAAGUCAAGAAACUAAUCAAGAGGAAAAUAGAUGCAGACAGGAGGGCAUUUGCAGAGUCUCACGAGCUGAAGCCAUUGUCAACACCUCAUUCAAGGCACAAGUCUAGAUCAUCUUUGAGAGUGGACCCAACAGUCUCUAUCCAGAACCUGAGUAACAGCAAGACUGAGGAAGCACCAACUAUGAAAUAAGGACCAUGGUGCUCGGGCUACUCUGAAAAACUAAUUGAAUAACUUCCAGGUGCCACUUGAAGCAAAUGCAUCCUUCUGACUGCUUGCAGAACUGUUGCUCUCCAGCAAAGAAAUACGCAGCGAUUUGUAAAUAAAACUUUGUUAAAUGAUAUUCUGCAUGCAAAUCGACAGCAAAAUUGCAGAUGAAAGAGGAAGCUAUUUUUUGAGUAAUGAUUCUUUAUGUGUGUAUGAUUGUGUGAUUGUACUCAUGUUUUUAUGUAGCCUGUGCAUCACUGGCCAAUAGUAAAUCGUGAUAAGCUGUUAGAUCAGGUACUUCUAAUGGAUUAAACUUUAAAAGGUUAAAGGUACUAAACUCAUCUAGAUACAGAACAGAUGGUGAACCCCUUUACCUGAAAAUACAGAUUGACCAAGCAGAGCACUUUUUUUGAACACAGUAAGUUGCGAUGAAGAAAAUCCCCUUUAUUCUUACACUAGAAGGAAAUUGCUUGGCUGCUGUGGUUAGCUGUUGUUGUCUUCAUAAUAACAUACUAAUGUUGUUUAUUGAGUUUAUCUCUUUUAUCUUUUUUAUCUCUUUUAUUUUAUCAAUGUGACGUAACUAACAGCACCGCAAGCAGUUUCGGUUAUUCAUAUGUCUGCUUUGGUUAGCUAAGUGUUACACCUUAAACUGUUGUUAUUCUUUAGCAACAUUUCGGUAGCAAAUAGCAGGUUACUCAGUGUUUAUUUUUUAAAUGUGGUCUUGUGUUUCAGGAAUAUGUAAAUAUUCUAGUUUUCCUCAUUUGAAUUCAUAGCAGUCAUGGUGGGUUUCAUUUGGAAAUAGAGGUAACUCAUCGUCCUUGCUCAAACACAUAAUUACGGCGUAAGUAAAUUUUAACCCUUUUUGAUGACAUCAUCAAAACACUGGAAUAAGUCUAUGUUUUCCAUGUUUAACUUUAUUUGCCUCAAAAGUAGUUAAAACAGCUAAUUAACUACCAAAAUACAGCUUUAUUUUUUGUUGUUUUGUUUUUUUGUGUUUUAGCCUUUAACAUAAAAUUGCCCACCUAUGUGUCCUAUAGGUAACUUCACAUGAACAGUCUCCUAAUUAUAAACCAAUUACAUGUUUUGCUGUGUAUUGGAAUUUCUUUUAUUUAUGUAUUUGUCACAUUGUUUUAUUUGGAUAAUGCUUUGGUGCCACUGGGUUUUUAGCAUGUCUGCCAAAUGUCUCAAUAUCUCACAACUUAUUCAUGCCAUUAAACAGUUGGGUGAGGAAGGACCCAGAGUGGGGGGUGGGGGGG